AUGAAGACGUUUCUACCCCCACAAUUCGUCCUAGAGGAGGUGACAAGUGAUGACUUUGUCAUUGCGUCGCUUGCGUGGGGCUUCACGCUGGGAUUUGGCUGGCUGACCGUAUCUGCGGCCAUCACUCAAAGCGCUAAGACCUGGAGACGAUAUGGAUCUCGAUCAAUACACAACACAUACAUUUGGUUGAUUUGCUUCGCCUUUUACUUCACUAUCCUCACAACAUGGGCUCUUCAGGUUCAGUUCCUGCUGCAGAUCAUUAUCAACCGUUGCUCGAUCUUGCUUCCUGACAAGCGGGCCGCACGGCACUUGAAGUUCGGCGUGGCACUUCUCAUCACUGCAAUUAACGUAUCGGUGUACUGCAUUUGGGUUCCGGCGCGGUUACAAAUUUCGGAACGAUAUGUCGUUAUUAAUGAAUACUGGGAUCGCACCGAAAAGGUUAUUUACCUGCUCGUCGAUGCAGCACUUAAUUUAUAUUUCAUUAUAAUCGUCAAACGCAAUCUGGUGGCAAACGGAUUGAAGAAGUACAAGAGACUGACCAACUUCAACAUCUUCAUCAUUGUCUUCUCCUUGUCGAUGGACAUUCUCAUUAUCAGCAUGAUGAGUCUCAAAAACACUUUCGUUUACAUGCAGUUCCAUCCUCUUGCAUAUAUGGUGAAGCUUAAUAUCGAAAUGACAAUGGCCGACCUUAUCGCCAAGAUAGCAAAGAAACAAGAGCGUCUCCCAACAUACCAUUCUAGCUGGAAUCGGAGACCUGGCGGCGGCUCAAGAAUGCCCAGCUUCGGCAGCCGCAACAACACAGUACAGCCUUUACCGCCCGCCAGAAACGCCGUGCCUUUCCGAGUGUGGCAGAGCAGCGUAUCGGCAGGUAUGGACAGCGCCGCGGUCUCUCGCAGGGGCAGCACCAACACCCCAGCGAACGAGUUGACGUUCGUGACCGUCCCCGAAGACCCGAUCUGGAACACCGCGAGCCUUACUUCGGGGACGGAGGCCCCGGCUGUGUCCGAUUUACCAUUGGAGUUGUACAUGGUGAAGGAGGUGACGGUGGAGUCAGAUGUCGUUCGUCGGUCGACCUUUGCGCCGAAUGGAAGCCAAGUCAGCUUGGAAAAUAGCUGGGGCCGGGGGUCCCCAUCGUCAGGAAGGGAGCGGACGGAUGAUAGGGCUACAUUGCGGGAAGCUUCACCCCCGGUCAUAUGGGACGGCUCCCCAUCCGUGUCUACAACCAUAGCCACAGGAAGAAAAUCCGACUGA